GCGGGCCGGGCCGGGGAGCGGGCGGGCGGCGGCGGGGCCAUGCCGGUGAUGAAGGGGUUGCUGGCCCCGCAGAACACCUUCCUGGACACCAUCGCCACCCGCUUCGAUGGCACCCACAGCAACUUCAUUCUGGCCAAUGCUCAGGUUCACCGUGGCUUCCCCAUCGUCUACUGCUCUGACGGCUUCUGCGACCUCACCGGCUUCGCCCGCACCGAGGUCAUGCAGAAGAACUGCAGCUGUCGCUUCCUGUACGGGGCCGAGACCAGCGAGUCCAUCCUGCAGUGCAUCGAGAAGGUGCUGGAUGGGAGGCAGGAGUACCAGACUGAUGUCUGCUUCUACAAGAAGAGCGGAGCUGCCUUCUGGUGCCUGCUGGACAUCGUGCCCAUCAAGAAUGAGAAGGGGGAGGUGGUUCUCUUCCUCGUCUCCUUCAAGGACAUCACCGAGAACCGGGGCAAGAGCCACCCAGGCGACAGGAGAGAUGAGAAGCACCGGAGCAAGAAGGCGGGGAGCUCCCACCCGCGGGCAGCGCGCAAGCAGGGCCGCACGGUGCUGCACCAGCUCACCCGCCAGUUCACCGGCAAGGAGCGGGGCGAGAUGAAGAUCAACAGCAGCGUCUUUGGGAGCAAGCCGUCCAUUCCCGAGUACAAAGUGGCCUCAGUGCAGAAAUCCCGCUUCAUCUUGCUGCACUACAGCGUCUUCAAGGCCCUGUGGGACUGGCUCAUCCUGCUGGCCACCUUCUACGUGGCCGUCACUGUCCCCUACAACGUCUGCUUCACCAGCACCGAGGACAGUCUGGCCACCGCCCGCAGCACCAUCGUCAGCGACAUUGCCGUGGAGAUGCUCUUCAUCCUGGACAUUGUCCUGAACUUCCGCACCACUUACGUCAGCCAGUCGGGGCAGGUGGUGUAUGACACUCGCUCCAUCUGCAUCCACUACGUGGCCACCUGGUUCUUUGUGGACCUGAUCGCGGCCUUGCCCUUCGACCUCCUCUACGCAUUCAAUGUGACCGUGACCUCGCUGGUGCACCUGCUGAAGACCGUGCGUCUCCUGAGGCUGCUGCACCUGCUGCAGAAGUUGGACCGCUACUCCCAGUACAGCGCCAUGGUGCUCACCCUGCUCACGUCCAUGUUCGCCCUGCUCGCCCACUGGCUGGCCUGCAUCUGGUACGUCAUCGGCCGGAAGGAGAUGGAAAGUAACGACCCUCUGACCUGGGGCAUUGGCUGGCUCCACGAGCUGGGCAAGAGGCUGGAGGCACCCUACGUCAACAGCUCCAUGGGGGGCCCAUCCGUCCGCAGCACCUACAUUGCCUCCCUCUACUUCACCCUCAGCAGCCUCACCAGCGUGGGCUUCGGCAACGUCUGCGCCAACACCGACGCGGAGAAGAUCUUCUCCAUCUGCACCAUGCUGAUCGGGGCCCUGAUGCACGCCGUGGUGUUCGGGAACGUCACGGCCAUCAUCCAGCGCAUGUACUCCCGCCGCUCCCUCUACCACACCCGCAUGAAGGACCUCAAGGACUUCAUCCGCGUGCACCGCCUCCCUCAGCAGCUCAAGCAGAGGAUGCUGGAGUACUUCCAGACCACCUGGUCGGUGAACAACGGCAUCGACGCCAAUGAGCUGCUGCGCGACUUCCCCGACGAGCUGCGGGCCGACAUUGCCAUGCACCUCAACAAAGACAUCCUGCAGCUGCCGCUCUUCAAGACGGCCAGCCGGGGCUGCCUGCGUGCCCUCUCCCUUCACAUCAAGACCUCCUUCUGCGCCCCCGGCGAGUAUCUGCUGCGCCAGGGCGAUGCCCUGCAGGCUAACUACUUCGUCUGCUCCGGCUCCCUCGAGGUCCUGAAGGACAACAUGGUGCUGGCCAUCCUGGGCAAAGGGGACCUGAUCGGGGCCGACCUGCCCGACAAGGACCAGGUGAUCAAAACCAACGCGGACGUCAAGGCGCUGACCUACUGCGACCUGCAGUACAUCACCCUGCGCGGCCUGGUGGAGGUGCUGGAGCUCUACCCCGAGUACUCCAGCAAGUUCAUGGCCGACAUUCACCAGGACCUCACCUUCAACCUGCGGGAGGGCAGCGAGAUCGAGGGGCUCCUACGGUUUCCGAGAUCCCCUCGGUUAUCUCAGCCUCGCCCGGAGAGCGGCACCAGCCCCGAAAAGCCUCUCCACUCCAUCCUGGAGGACGAGGAGGAGCCCGACGAUGUCUUCCACCCUUCGCCCACCAGCCUGACCCACCUCAAGCUGCUGCUGCCCACCCUGCAGAGCCCCAUGCGGUGUGGCUCCCUCAGCAGCCUGCUGGGUGACGAGCUGCGCCAGUUCUCGGCUCUGCGCCGCACCUGCCGCUCCCCCGCCCGCUGCAGCCAGGGCAGGAGCCCCUCGCCACGGUGUCUGAGAGAUGGCGAGAGCAGCAAUGGCCGCAAGCCAGCCAAGCUCCUCAUCCCCUCCCUGCACAUCACUGGCCCCCCGGAACUGAGCCCCAGGGUCGUUGACGGGAUCGAGGAUGAUGGCAGGACGUCGGAGAUGCAAACUUUCCAUUUCAACGUGGAGCCACCUCUGCAGAGCUCGGUCGCAGGCUCGCUGACAUCCGGGACGUAUGAGGCCAGCCCAGCCUUAGGUGCAGAAGUGGAGGAGAUAAAGCAGAACGUCAGCAGACUGAACCAAGAGAUCAACAACCUCAACCAGGAAGUUUCCCACCUCAGCCGGGAGCUGCAGCGCAUGAUGUACCUGCUCCAGAGCCCGCUGCCAUGCGCCCCAGCCUUGGCCUGCCCCUACGGCCUCCCCGUGCUCUCCUCCCAGCCCCCGAAACCCAGCAGCGGGAGCGAGCCGCCACUCAGACUACCCCCGGGGGCGGUGCCACCCCUUUUGCCUUUGGCUCACGCCUCCAUCUCAGGGCUGCCGUCACCACUGCCAGGGGACGCUGGAGUUUCUCCCAGCGCCACCUCCGCCAAGGUCCCUGGCUCCCGGAGCAUGCCCCCAGCCAGCCCGUGGGAGCCAGAGGGGCUCCACGCUCCCAGAGACUCAUCCCGCGCGCCUUCCAACCGUUACCGCCUGCCCCGGGCAGACAUGGACGGGGCCCACCUCCCACCGACACAAGCUGCCCCACUCAGUGGUCAGACUCCCAGUCUUCCCCACUCGCUCGCAGGCUCCCGGGUCCUGUGCCCUCUGCCCUCGCCCCCUGCCGGCCCCAGCCCGGCCUUCCCCAACUGCUCUGCUCAGAGCCACCCCCCGCCACACCUCCGCUGCUGAUCAGACUUGGAAAGCUUCCACUGACGUCCCCCCCGCCGCUGGUCCCACAUGCCCUCCAUGCAUGGCUCAGCCUGGGAGCUGCGGCGAGCCGCAUGGAUGGAGCACACUGGGGGGGCCUCACGAGCGGCGUCUGGUGAUGUUGUUGGGAUGAUGGCCCCAAUUCUGCCAGCGUCAAUUUCCCUUCUAUCUGCAGGUGUAAUUGCAAGAGUUGGGGGCUGGGCGGGGGAUGGACGAGAGCCCCGCUUCCCCCGGCUCUUCCAGGGCACUUUCCGCUCCAGCUGUGACCCCCACCUGCUCACGGCACUGCGGAGCUGGUGCGUUUUCUACAAAAUGAUGGUUUUUGUUUGUGACGAGGAAUUUAUUCUGAAAGCCUUAGAACUCCUAGGAGGACCCUAAGCACAAGCCUGUCCUCUGACCACAGGACCAGCCCCCCGGGUGCCCUGCAGGUCUGGGGCACCCCACCAAGCCAGGUACCUCUCUGCUCCCCCUCUCUGCUCAAUACGCUGCUCUCUCCGCAGCCUUCUGCUCCCAUCUUCAGUAUGUAUUUGCCUGAAUUGAACAGGGUCAGGGUCCUGCUGAGGGAGUGGGGGCUGCGCUGGUUUGGAUGUAAUUUACAGAGGGAACAAUCUGCGUGAAAUGCACAAUGCUGGAGAACAGCUGGGCUGCUUCCAGGGCCACUUGGAAACCAGGCCCAGCAGGGCCGGACCAGCUCUUGCUGACCCCGCCGGGGCAGUAGUUUGCAGGACUGGACUGUGCAACCCCGGGGCCAGUCCUGACAUCUCUCCCCCACGGGCCGAUUCCGGGCUGCUUUGUGUUCCAGCGGCUCAGGGCUCAGUUUUGAGGCGUUGCCAGGUGUGGGUUCAGACUGUGUAUGGGACUCUCCUUAUGGAUGUAGCUGGGGGAUGGGCAGGUUCUGCCCAUUUGGGGAGUGUGGCAGCAAUUCCCCUGGAGCUGGGGGUCACAUCCACCUGCCACACAACCCUCUUCCUCCACCCAGGCUGCGGCUCCCCACAACUGCAUGUCCCCGCGAUGGCAUGUCCCGGCCUGCUCCCCACUCACAGGACCUCACUGCAACAAACGGCCAAUGUCUCCUGCUCCUCUGUGCGAAGGAGUGGCAGGGGGAGGCUGGAUGAGCCCAGCUCCGGGGGGGGGGGGUGCGCGGAGGCCUUAGUGCUCAGGUUUAGGAUGGCAGGGGAAGCCCCUUUGCCCAGGUGGGAAUUCCCCAUAAAGCCCCAGAGGGAGGCACCGACGUGGGGUUAACAGUGCCUGGGCCCCUGGCAUGAAUGGGAUAAAGUCAGGCCCGGUUGGAGGCCAGUUUCUGCAUCACUCCUUGGGGGCUCCGGCCAGGGAAAGGGAGCGAGGGUGGGUGGAAGGGAGCAACAAAAGCAUAGGAUAUGGGGGUGCAGCGAAACAUUGGGUGGUGCCUUGGCCACCUCUGCAGCGUGGCGCUACCCCCAAAGCUGCCCCUCCCCACCAGGAAUCCCGGGGCAGGCACGGCUGACCUGCCCGCAGGGCACACAGGACUGGGUGGCUCCAGCCCUGCCCAGGCACCGGUCUGGGAGCCCAUGCAGCAUGGUCGUGGCUGAGCUGGGCACGAAGGGGGCCAUGGCCGGAGAGGCACUUUGCCAUUGCCCUGCUGGAAGCAGGAGAUCAGACAGGCAGAUCAGACCCAGCCUGCGUGGCCCCGACCCUGGCCCCUUGCUGCCCAGACGUCAUUUGGCCACAUCUGUCUCCAGCUGCCUGUUCCCACUGCCCCGGGCGCAGGGCCUGGCGGGGUCACUGUGCAGCCUUUUUGGGUGGGGGUCUCCUCUGGGUCGGCAGCCCCAGCUCUGCAAACGAGCGGGGGGCGGGUUAAAGACUUUGGAUACUUUUUUUCCCCAAAGAUUUUUUAACUUUUUUAUUGCCUGGUGGGAUUUUUCUCCCCACCCGGAUGACACGGAUGGGCAGCUCUGGGCCAGCAUCAGGGAAGUUGGCCCCAGCUCCGGGCAGGCAGGCAGGGCUGGUGCUGCCGUUUAUGUGGCUGGGGGCCGGCGGUGACUCAGCCCCGUGUGUUAAGUUUGGGGCGUCUCAGGCCCGUUCUCAGUGGGCCAAGGUGGUCACACACUGAAGCACCAGCCCCUCCGCCCCAGGCUCCUCUCCCCCUGACCCAGACUCUCCCCUCCCCAGACUCCUCUUCCCCCCUCCCGCUCCCCGAGGCUCCCCCCCCGGCCUGUCUGCCACCAGCAUGCGCCACCGCUGCGUACCC